CUGCGGUUCAGCUCGAGCCUGAGAGCAACAGCGUGAGCAUGGCAACGGCCGAGGGGGCAAAGAAACCUGUACUGGAAGUGGUACAGGCAGAAGGUUGUGAUGACUCCAGCGUUACAUUUGUGUUGCAUGAUGAGGACCACACUCUUGGGAAUGCCCUACGAUACAUGAUUAUGAAGAACCCAGAGGUAGAAUUUUGCGGCUACAGCAUCACUCAUCCCUCAGAAAGCAAAAUUAACUUCAGAAUUCAAACAAGAGGAGGAAUUCCUUCUGUCGAACCUUUUCGCAGAGGUCUCAAUGAACUAAUGAUUGUCUGUCAACAUGUGCUGAAUACAUUUGAAGUCAGUAUGAAGGAAUAUAAAGAGCAGCAUAAGCAGGAAGAAGCAAUGGAUCAAUUGUGAUAAGGCACAUGCAUGUGUAAUACUGUACUUUUUAUAUAUUUUGAAAAUUAAACAAAUUUUUAAAAAUU